UCCACAUAGCAGCAAACUCUGUGCUGGAGCGAUAUUAGCUUAAAACUGCCAGCCAUGUAGUAUGACCAGCCCGGUCCAUGUGCAGGAGACAAGCCGGAUAUUUCAAGGCUUGUGACACAGUGGCGCUUUAACCAGGAUAUUUUGUGACCUCUCGGCUCUGUUUGUAACCACUGUUCAACAACAACAAUAACAUCAACAUCUGGCUAACAAGCGGUUAGCAUUAGCAUCCAACCACUGAACAGCUGUCACCCCGGAAGGCCGCCGCCAACGCCGCCGCCGCCGCCGCACCGGGUGGGGAUUUAACUUUCUCUGUCCGUGUCUGGACUGAGCCGACACAAAGUGGCUAGCAAAUGAUAAGUCUCUGUUUAAUCAUCAUCGGUAAGAAUGGACUCCUCUUUGGGGAUAUGCGAAGAGGAAUGCUUGGCAACUGUGAGAGGUCAGGAGCUGAGGGCUGGCCAGCAGGAGCCCAGACUACUGUCUCUUAUUGAGCGCAGUGGAGAGUUUAUAUUAGGUGUUUUGGCCACCCCUGAAGCCGUCGUGUCUCGUCCUGUGGCUCAGCUGUCCAUACCCAUCAAUGACAAUUUUGAAAUUGUGCGAGAGGCUGAAGAGGCUCUGCUUAUUAACUUCUCAGUAGAUUCCUGCGUUCGAAUACGAAUCAAAGGAGAUAAACUCCCGGAGCUGCUGCUUGAACUCCAGGAUGAUGAUCGCACUCAGACUUUCUUGACCCAGGUGAAGAGUGCUCAGCAACAAGUUGAAUCCAAACGCAAAAAACCCCAAGCGAUGGAGCCUCUUGCACCAACUGCCCUGCGAGGUCCAGUCCCCAUCCCACCACAAAGAGCAAACAAGACUGCUAACUCUGUGGGCUCUGGAGAAAAUGCACCCAAAUCUACCAGUGCAAACCUCAAUAAUGUUCAAUCGCUUGCCUCAGACUUUGGCUUUGAGGAGAACUUCAAUCAUGCUCUCAAAGUGGAGGAAAAGAAGAACCAUCAGAAUCGCUUAGUCGCCUCCAGGGAGCCUCCUCCUGUUCCCCCAUUACCUCCUCGGAAAGCAUCCUACGCUCCAUCCAAUCCUCUGCCUCCUCCACCAGUACCUAAAGACAGAGCUGUCUCCCUUCAGGCCAAAGACAACUCCUUUAACGCUAGCACCAAACCAGAUAGUUUCAGGUCAGGUUUUGACCGCACAGACAGACCAUCGUCCUGGUGUGAGAGCCCCACCACUAACAGCAUGAGACAGGCCAUGUUCUCCAGCCAGGCAGGACAAAGAGAAUACCUCAUCAAACACCGCCUGGGGAAAAAGGAGAGCGAAUACGUGGACAUUGAGACUUUUAAGUUUUUCACAGGUACGUGGAAUGUGAACGGCCAGUCUCCUGACAGCACCCUGGAGCCGUGGCUCUGCUGUGAUGCAGAACCUCCUGAUCUUUAUGCCCUGGGUUUUCAAGAAUUAGACCUGAGCACUGAAGCUUUCUUCUAUAUGGACUCAUCCAAGGAGCAGCUGUGGGUCGAAGCUGUCGAGAGGAGCUUGCAUCCAAAAGCCAAGUACAAGAGGGUUCGGAUUAUACGCCUGGUUGGGAUGAUGCUUGUAGUGUUUGUUAAAAAGACACUCAAGAACCACAUAAAAGAAGUGGCUGCAGAACAUGUGGGGACAGGAAUCAUGGGGAAAAUGGGUAACAAAGGAGGUGUGGCAGUGAGGUUUGUUUUCCACAACACGAGCUUCUGCAUUGUGAACUCCCAUCUAGCAGCACAUGUGGAAGACUUUGAGCGCCGCAACCAGGACUACAAAGACAUAUGUGCCCGCAUGACUUUCCACUUACUGGACUACCCGCCUCUCAGUAUUGUCAAGCACGAUGUUGUAAUCUGGCUUGGGGAUUUAAACUACCGUCUGUUCAUGUACGAUGCUGCUGAGGUCAAACAACACAUCGCUAAAAAUGAGCUAAGGAAGCUGCAGGAGGUUGAUCAGCUGAAUAUUCAAAGGCAGACAAAGAGAGCCUUCACAGACUUCAUGGAGGGAGAGAUCAACUUCAUUCCCACGUAUAAAUAUGACCCUAAAACCGACCGAUGGGACUCAAGCGGAAAGUGCCGUGUCCCGGCUUGGUGUGACAGAAUCCUGUGGAGGGGCAACAAUGUCAAGCAGCUCAAAUACCGGAGUCACAUGGAGCUGCAAACGAGUGACCACAAACCUGUCAGCUCCCUCUUCAGUGUCGGGGUUAAGGUGGUAAAUGAGGAGCGCCACAAAAAGGUGUUUGAGGAGAUUGUGCGAGCGAUGGACCGAAUGGAGAAUGAUUUCCUUCCAUCAGUAUCUCUGAGCAGAAGAGAGUUUGCAUUUGAGAAUGUGAAAUUCCGGCAGCUUCACAGGGAGCGCUUCAUGAUAACAAAUGACGGGCAGGUUCCCUGUCACUUUGCCUUCAUCCCCAAACUCAACGACUCGCAGUAUUGCAAACCUUGGCUCCGGGCCGAGCCCAGCGAUGGAUUCUUAGAGCCCAAUGAGACCCUGGAGAUCUAUCUGGAGGUGUAUGUCAGUAAAGAUUCAGUCACGCUCCUGAACUCCGGUGAGGACUCUAUAGAAGACAUCCUGGUGCUCCAUCUGGACCGUGGAAAGGACUACUUCAUUACCAUCUCUGGCAACUACCUGCCCAGCUGCUUCGGCACCUCACUGGAGACGCUGUGCCGCAUGAAGAAGCCCAUCCGAGAGAUCCCCAUCACCAAACUCAUUGACCUGGGAGAGGACAGCUACAUGGAGAAGGAAAGAUCAAAGGUGAGCUUCCUGAUGGUGGAUGGUGCAGGCACUGAGGACAUACCUCUAAAGAUCCCCAAAGAAGUUUGGAUUCUGGUCAACCACCUUUUUAGGAAAUCCUGUGAUCAGGAGGAUUUGUUUCAGACUCCAGGCCUCCAGGAGGAGCUGCAGAGUAUCAUCGACUGUCUGGACACCAGCAUCCCAGACUCCAUUGUCGGUUGUAAUCACUCUGUAGCUGAGGCUCUGCUGAUCUUCUUGGAAGCUUUGCCAGAGCCAGUGGUUUGUUAUGAACUUUACCAAAAGUGCCUCGACUGUGCUCAUGACAGCCGCCUCUGCAAACAGUUAAUCUCCCAGUUGCCCAGGGCUCAUCGUAACGUGUUUCGCUACUUGAUGGCCUUUUUGAAGGAACUACUCAAGCACUCACACAACAACAACCUAACAGCCAGCCUCAUAGCGACACUCUUUGCCAGCCUCCUUAUCCGACCUCCUCCCAACCUGGUGGGCAGACAGACUCCACAUGACCGCCAGAAAGCCAUCGACUUCAUCCUUGGGUUCCUCAUGGCGGGAGACGAGGACUAACUGCAGGUUUAGAGUUGAUUCCCGUCCUGACCUACUGAUGGACCUGGACCUAUAGGACACUGUGUUACACUAUCCACCCGAUGUUCUGUCUUCAUUUGGAGACCAGUGCAGCUUCUUUUGCACCCCACAGACUCUCAUGUUAGAGGAAGACUGUCAUUAGAGCUGUGAUUAUUUUACCAAGUGUCAUAUCCUCAGUUUAUUUCCAGUUUGACCAAUCAUGGGAUUUAGAAAGCACUUGGGAGAGGUUUGGACUGAUGCGUCUGCACUUUCUGAUGACCUGAAGGCCUUCAGACCGCCGCUGACCCCUCGUUGUCGGUGCUCAUGCCAAAAUAAACCAUGAACAUGGGGAGUGAAAGUGAGAACACUAUCAUGAUAAGCAAGAGACUCGAUUACACUAAAGAAGUAGACUGAAUGGUAGUAUACUGUUUAAUCAUAAAUAGCUUAAAUGGGAUAAUCAAGGAAAUCUAUAUAAUAAGAAUGUUAAGCUCAAGAUAAGUAUGACAAUCCUCUAUUUUGCAGAAUUGUAACUGAGGAGUUAAGAAAUCUUGAUUCUUUGCAACCAUAUCCACUGUAUUUUAACUGUUAUUUAUAUAUUUUUCACCAUCUGAACAGAUUUAGUAUGUUAGUCAGCUUUAUUUUCAUCUCUAUCAGUUUGAAUUUUUCACUGGAAAUCUUGAUCUUUUUUACCAUCCUGUCAUAGAAAGUCUUCUGUUGUGAAGGUUUGCUGUGUUUUGUGUAACUUCCGCCUUGAGCCUUAUAUUUUGUUUUGCAAGUUUCCUCAUGAGUUACAAAACAUGUCUGUUAACACACUAACUAACUUCCUGCUCCACCGGUGAAGAGUUGCACUCUGUGGUUUCUUGAUGUCUUAAAUGGUGUAAAUAGUGAUCGUUUCCCAUGUCAGUAUGGUGGUGAAAAAUCUGUGACGGUGUCCACUGUUGGUCCUGAAGGUUUUAUUGUUGUUGAUGUCUGUUUACAUGUCUUUUUUCCCCUCAUCGCCAUGAUAAUUUUUCAUUGUUUCAGGCCUUUGUGCUGCAGAGACACAGCCGCUGUGCUCCUCAUUUUAAAUGCAGAUGGGUACCACUCUUGUUUUAAGUGAUGCAGCAUUUAUGGAUGCAGGUUUUGUAAGAUUUAAUGGCUCAUUACUCUCCAGGAUACAGCCUGUCUUCGUGCACCUUUCUCAUUAGUGCCACAGAGGGUAUGAUUCUGAAACAGUUGCAUAAUGCGGUUACUUAAACAAGGAACUGCAACACAGUGUAUAUUAAACAUUAUUUCCUCUUUUUUUUACCCAUGUUAGCAUUGGAUUUCUGUGGACAAACAUUCACGUUUAUGACAUUAAUUCUUCAGUAAAAAGGAGAGAUGCUUCAAAAGAUUUGGGGACAACAGAGACAAUCCUGGCACUGAUAGAGAGCUGCUCCUUUCCUUCACAGUAGGAAGAGUUCAGAUUUGGGAGAGCUAUUUUUGCCUCAGUCAACAUGUCAACCACAAAAUCAGUAUAUUCACCAUCAAGUUUUAAAUGUCGUCUUAGUACCAGCUGAUGUUUUUGUUUUGUCUCAAUUUGUUCUUAACAUUACGGUACAUUCAACGGUACGCAAAGAAACACUUGCAUCUGUUUUCAUCUUUAAUUUUCUUUCUGGUGCUUUUUAAUUUAUUUAACAGAAAUAAAACUGUCUAUAAACCUGC